GUCCUUGAAAGCUUGACCAACGGUUCAAUUGCGGCUAGUGACUUGGCUAAGUCCGACUAGUUGACAAGAACAGUGACGAGUCUCCUUUAUUCGUAAGUCCAUGCGUCAGAUAUACAUGAAUUGGUCCUUGGGUGUGCGCAGCACGAUUGGUCGCAGUUACGUGGCAGUGGGCACUACCGGACUAGUACAGUAGCUAGACUCGAACUGGUCGAGCAGCGCUCAGAUAGCUGCGGUUCGCUUUUAGAGCGCGCCACGUAGACGUUUCGCCAUCUCUCAUCCUCUCUAGAUCAUCUACCAUGCCAGAGCGUGCGCCCAGUGAACUGACGGAAUCCGAAGAACAUUACAGACUACUAGACGCAAGCGGUCAUCCGGAAACCUCAGUAGAGCAUCUGCCUUUCCCAGCACCAAUCAUGGGCUCUGACAGCGCCGAUAAAUCCGAGGAACGCCGGGGGGACAAGCUCGCUGCAUAUGGAGCACUCGUUUCCAUGCUGGUCUUCGUGUGCGUCACUUGGUUCGUCGUGUUCACCAAUAACCCUACAUCAAUGGGGUGGUUCCCCGUCCACCCAUUACUCCAGAGCUUAGGUCUUGGCUGCUUCACCUAUGGGAUCCUGACACUCCAACCAACCGCACACCCCAAAACUAAAGCAGCUGGUUUGCAACGACACCAGAAAACGAUGCUUGCCGUCGGCUUCCCAUGCAUCGCUUUGGGCACCCUGGCGAUUGAGAUCCAGAAAUUCAACCGAGGACAUGGACAUUUCGCGACGUGGCAUGGGAUUUUCGGACUUGUUUCUGUCGCAUGGCUCGUGGGCCAAGUGAUACUUGGCGGCGGAAGUGUGUGGUUUGGAGGUGCUGCAUUUGGGGGCGGUAUGAAGGCCAAGAUGAUAUGGAAAUACCACAGGCUGUCUGGCUAUGUCUUAUUCCCUCUUCUCCUGAUUACUGCUCAUCUUGGCGGCGCGUGGUCCACUUGGGUGACAUCCCAUAGCCAGCCAGUAGUGCGGUUUGUCGGGUAUACCGUAGCGCCGAUAGUCGCGAUUCUAGCUAUAUACGCGCGUGUCAGAACCUCCAAAAUGAAAUUCUUAUGACCUCCACCGAUUUUAUUUGUCUUUAAUUAAAUUAUUGUAGUAGCAGAAAACUCGUAUAUGUUUAUGUGCCCUAAGCUGUGGAAGGUCCAGUAGCAGGUACUGCGGAAGUUGAUUCCGGGACGGGCGUUGAAGGUGGCAACUGCAACUGUGGAGUCGGUAUCACUUCUGCCAGAAAUCCUGGC